AUGGAAUCCCAUCGCCUGUCACAUUCUGUCGGAGUGACGUCAAACCGAGAGCUUAUCCACAAAAUGACAGAAGAAACGCAUGUUCCGAGACGUGCAUUCGAUUUGUGCAGGCUCAAAGGAGAAGAAAGUUCCUACUGUGCAGAAAAGUGCACGGUCGGAAGAAAAGUCCACCUUUUUGAAUCAGUGUUAUGGAGGGAGAGGGGCGGGGCUUCCCGCGGUAACUCCUGCGCCUACAUACGACAGCUAGACUCCCCGUAUUAA